AUGGGUAAUAUUUUAAGUUUUUUACUGUUUUUCUUUAAAGUUCUUUAAGUUUUUGAUGUUUUUCGAUUAUAUUGAAGUAGUAAGUAGGUUUUCUGACAUUUUUUAGUUAGUACAAUGUGUUUUAGAUACGUUCUUAACCUUUUUGGGCUAGUAAAAGGUGUUUUUGUUUAGUACAAGAUGGUUUUUAGCCCAUAUUUUUUUAUUUAAAAGCUGUCUUCUUUAAUAGUAUAAGGAGGUUUUUAGAUUUUGUACGUAUAGUAGGGGUUCUUUGCUUAUACUUUCAAACAAAUUAAUUCUUUUUAUGUUAUAGGUAACCAAGUAUCGACAGAAGAACUACCUUCACCAAUGGAGAAGCCUGAGGUUCCACCAGUGACAGUUCUAAUCACAGGCGGAUCGGGAUUGGUCGGAAAGGCUAUCGAAGAGGUAAAUGAAAUUUUUGGUCAAAGGAGGGUGUGAAAUGGCAUUUUUUAAUGAAAAAAAUUCUUUAAAAUAACUUUUUUCAAAAAAAAUUAGCCUAAAACGCAUUUUUAAUAGAAAUAAUAGAUAAAAUGACAUUUUUAAUGAAAUCAAACUCAAAAAUGUCAUUUAAAUGAAAACAAAGUCUAAAAUGAAAUUGUUACCUAAAGUCACCCAACAUUGUUGUAGGUAGUAUCAGAUCCCUCAAAUCGCCGCCGAAACGAGAACUUCGUCUUUAUCAAUUCGAGAGACUGUGAUCUGCCCAAUUAUGAGGCCACGAAAGAAAUGUUUGAACGAGUAAAGCCAACUCAUGUUAUUCAUCUGGCUGCCAGAGUUGGAGGACUCUUCGACAAUAUGAAUCAUAACUUGGAGUUUUUCCAGUUGAACAUGGUAGGGCAUAUGCAGGAUGGGGAGGGGUUGGCUUUUGACAUGGUGAAGUUAUGGUGGAUUCGAAGGGGGAUGUAGGGUAGUGUACGUUAGGUGAAGGUAGAGUACGGUAGGGGAGGGCACGUUAGGGUAAGGUGCGGUAGGGUGGUGUACCGUAGAAUAGUUUACGGCAGGUGAAGGUGGAGUAGGGCAGGGUAGAAAAAAGUGAAUAAUUCUUAAAUUUUCAGGCCAUAAACCAAAACGUGCUUCAAUGUGCUCACGAAUGUGAUGUGCAGAAAGUCGUGUCAUGUUUAAGUACGUGUAUCUUCCCAGACAAAACUGAAUAUCCAAUCGAUGAAACUAUGGUAAGAAAUUGAUUCUUUGAUGUUUUUUUUAAUUUUAGGUAACACAUUUAACAUAAUUUUACAUUUCGAUACAAUAUUUCAUUUAUUUCGCAAUUUUAGGUAGUAAUUUUGAGUUUUUAAACUUUUGAGGUAUUAAAUUGUUGUAUUUUGGUAUAAAAUUGACAAAAUCUUUGGAUUUUAGGUAACAAUUAACAUAAAAAUUAUAUUCCAGGUACAUAACGGACCUCCCCACGACAGUAACUUUGGCUAUUCGUACGCAAAACGUAUGAUCGACGUACUCAAUAAAGGAUAUGCUAAAGAUCACUGUAGAAAGUAAGUGGAAACAAAUUUUUUGCCAUUUUUUGUUUUGUAAAGAAAGUUAUUGCCAUUUUUUGCAUUGUAAAGACAUUUUUUGCUAUUUUGGCUUUUGUAAAGAAAGUUCUUGCCAUUUCAUGUUUUGUAAAGAAAGUUUUUGCCAUUUUAAGCCUGAUAAGCGAAAGUUUUUGAUUUCAAUCAUAUGAUCCUUUAGGUACACCUCGAUCAUCCCAUGUAACGUAUUUGGCCCCCACGACAACUACAACUUAGAAAGUGGACAUGUCAUUCCAGCCUUGAUUCACAAAGCCUACUUGGCCAAAAAAAAUGAAACUCCAUUAACAUUAUUUGGCUCCGGAAAACCCUUGAGACAAUUCAUAUACUCGAUUGAUCUGGCCAAACUGAUCCUAUGGGUCAUGAGGGAGUAUACGGUAGGUUACGGUACUCUGAAGAGCUUGGUAUGAAGUUAUAUUACUUUAACUGGAUGUAUUAUACAUGAAAAGUACAGUAAUUUGAUGAGUAUGGUGUUAGUAAUAGUAAUUUUGAUACUUUUUUUUAAUAAGGCGUCUUUUUAGGAAAUAGAACCUAUCAUCUUAUCAGUCGAUGAAAAAGACGAAAUUUCAAUUGCUGACGCAUUUAAUGGCGUAGUCAAGGCUUCAGGCUUUCAGGUAUGUUAUCUUUUUUAAUUUUAAAGUUAUCAAUCGGUUCUUACGUCUAACAUUACUUUCGUUUCUAUUCCUGUCUCUGCCCUACCCUACCUUACUCUACCCUAGCAUACCCUAUCCAGAUUAUCAUACCCUACCUUACUCUAUUCUACCCUACGUUACCCUACAUUACUCUCGAAUUUCAUUUUGAAAUUUUAGGGUGAAGUAGUACAAGACACGACCAAAGCUGACGGUCAAUACAAGAAGACUGCCUCCAACAAAAAACUUCGAAAAUACCUGCCAGAGUUUGAAUUCACACCAUUCGAUAAAGCAAUCGAAACUUCGGUGAAAUGGUUCGAAGACAACUACGAGACAGCCAGGAAAUAG